AUGGAUGAACUUUUUGACGUCUUUGAUGACCAACCGCAUUCUGCAAAGGCGGCGGCAGAUUUUCCGAAGAGGUCAAAAAAGGAUAAGAGCAAGAAGAGGCAGGCAAACGGUGAGGUAAAAGAACAGCCAAAUGGUGACGUUCAAGGGAAGGGUGAUGAAUCACGAAAUACUCCGACCUCAAGAAGCGAGAACGGCGAGACAAAUGGCCAGGAAUCGAAUGCGAAGCGGCAGCGUUUGGACGCCGAACCUGAGCCCGUGGUCACCGAUACCUUUGAGACGGAGCAGUCACGCGAGGUUGCCGCUUCUGCAGGUCUGCAAGGCACCAAAGACUCUGGAGCAGUGGUAUUGUCCCAUCAAGUCCGACAUCAAGUCGCCCUGCCUCCAGAUUAUCCCUACGUACCAAUUUCCGAACACAAGCCACCUGAGACCCCGGCAAGAACAUGGCCUUUUACACUCGAUCCCUUCCAGCAGGUGUCAAUAGCGUCUAUAGAAAGAGGCGAAAGCGUGUUGGUUUCAGCGCACACGAGCGCAGGUAAAACAGUGGUGGCAGAGUAUGCAAUUGCACAAUGCUUGAAGAACAAUCAGAGGGUCAUUUACACAAGUCCGAUCAAGGCAUUGAGCAAUCAGAAGUACCGAGAAUUCAUGGCAGAGUUCUCAGAUGUUGGCUUAAUGACCGGAGAUGUGACGAUCAAUCCUACAGCUACUUGUCUAGUGAUGACGACUGAAAUUCUACGAUCCAUGUUAUACCGAGGAUCGGAGAUCAUGCGUGAGGUGGGAUGGGUCGUGUUUGACGAAAUUCAUUACUUGAGGGACAAAACCAGAGGAGUCGUAUGGGAAGAGACGAUCAUUCUGCUACCCGACAAAGUGCGGUACGUCUUUCUGUCUGCCACUAUACCGAACGCCAUGCAAUUUGCGGAAUGGAUUACGAAGACACAUGGUCAGCCAUGCCACGUUGUCUAUACUGACUUCCGACCGACUCCCCUACAACAUUACUUCUUCCCCGCAGGAGCUGAUGGCAUACACCUGAUAGUAGAUGAGAAGGGUACCUUCAGAGAAGAUAAUUUCCAGAAAGCAAUGAGCUCUAUUGCGGACAAGGAAGGAGAUGAUCCUGCUGAUGCAAUGGCCAAACGAAAAGGCAAAGGGAGGGAUAAGAGAAUGAACAAAGGUGGCCAGAAAGGGCCGUCUGACAUCUACAAGAUUGUGAGAAUGAUCAUGAUGAAGAAUUAUAACCCUGUGAUUGUUUUCAGCUUCAGCAAACGGGAGUGCGAAAAUCUGGCCUUGCAGAUGAGCUCGAUGACGUUCAACGACGAUUCUGAGAAAGCAAUGGUAUCAAAGGUCUUCAAAAGCGCUUUGGAGAUGCUCUCUGAGGAGGACAAAAAGCUCCCACAGAUCGAACAUAUCCUGCCGUUGCUGAGGCGAGGUAUCGGAAUACACCACUCUGGACUUCUCCCCAUCUUGAAAGAGGCGAUCGAGAUACUGUUCCAGGAAGGCCUGAUCAAAGUAUUGUUCGCAACUGAGACAUUCUCGAUUGGUCUUAACAUGCCUGCUAAGACUGUUGUAUUCACCAAUGUGCGCAAAUUUGAUGGCGUCAGUCAACGAUGGCUUUCAUCGUCAGAAUUCAUUCAAAUGUCCGGUCGCGCAGGGAGAAGAGGACUUGAUGAUCGCGGAAUUGUCAUCAUGAUGAUUAACGAGCAGAUGGAGCCUGGGGUUGCAAAGGAGAUCGUUCGAGGUGAACAAGAUAAGCUCAACUCUGCUUUCUAUCUGGGAUAUAACAUGGUUCUGAAUCUGCUCCGAGUGGAGGGUAUCUCCCCAGAGUUUAUGCUCGAGCGAUGCUUUCACCAGUUUCAGAACACGGCAAGCGUAUCCGGUCUGGAGAAAGAGCUGCACGAGUUAGAAGUCGAAAGGCAAAAUAUGGAGAUCGAGGAUGAAAGCGUCAUUCGAGAUUAUUAUGAUUUGCGUAAGCAGCUCAACAUAUACACGCAGGAUAUGCGGGAUGUCAUGCAGCAUCCAAAUUACUCAUUACCAUACCUACAACCGGGACGACUAGUUGAUGUACAAUAUGGCGAUUUCUGGUUUGGCUGGGCAGCAGUAUGCAAUUUCCAGGAGCGAGGGCAGGAUCGAGGGUCAACAAAGCAGCUCACUCCCCAGGAUUCAUGGAUAGUCCAGGUGGCUUUGGUAUGUUCCGAUGAACCUGCAAAUGGUCUCAAGAAUAUUGAGGCUCUCCCGCCAGGCAUCCGUCCUGCUAAGCCUGGGGAGAGAACAAAAGUCGAGGUUUUGCCGGUAUUGCUUAGCACGAUCCAGAAGAUGUCGAGCAUUCGUAUAUUCAUGCCAGGAGAUCUGACAACGAGAGCUGGCAGGGACACAGUCAGAAAGGCCCUGAGUGAGGUACAGAAACGAUUUCCCGAUGGUGUUCCUGUUCUAGAUCCCAUCGAUGAUUUGAAAAUCACAGAUGAUUCUUUUACUCGACUCCUCAAGAAGAUUCAAGUUCUCGAGUCUCGACUCAUUUCCAACCCGCUGCACAACUCACCUAGAUUGGAGCCACUGUACAACCAGUACGCGGAGAAGAUGAUCAAAACGGACAAGAUCAAAGCGCUGAAGAAACAGAUCCAGCAAGCAUUGUCGAUUCUACAGCUUGAUGAAUUGAAAUGCAGAAAGCGGGUUCUUCGGAGAUUGCAGUUCAUCAACGAAGACGAAGUCGUUCAGCUGAAGGCACGAGUGGCCUGUGAGAUCAGUACUGGAGACGAGUUGAUGCUCAGUGAGCUACUCUUUAAUGGCUUCUUCAACGAGCUGACACCAGAGCAAUGCGCGUCUGUGUUGAGCUGCUUCGUUUUCGAAGAAAAAGCCAACGAUGAUGGCCAUCUGCGAGAGGAGUUGGCAAAGCCUCUACGAGAAAUUCAGCGGCAAGCACGAAUCAUCGCCAAGGUAUCACAAGAAUCGAAAUUGCCCCUGAACGAGGAUGAGUACGUUCAGAGCUUCAAACCGCAACUGAUGAACGUCAUCUUCGACUGGGCCAAGGGCAAGUCAUUCGCAGAGAUAUGCAAAAUGACGGAUGUGUACGAAGGGAGUUUGAUUCGCGUCUUCCGCCGAUUAGAAGAGGCAUUGCGGCAAAUGGCUCAGGCUGCCAAAGUCAUGGGGAGUGAAGAGCUGGAGAAGAAGUUCGAGGAAUCCUUGACUAAGGUCAGGAGGGAUAUCGUCGCUGCCCAGUCUCUCUAUCUGUAG